ACGGUUUUCGUGUCAAAUCGAACAGCAGCGCGUCACCUAAUGUCACGCAGUUGCCACGCGACUGCUGGUAGUGGAGGUGCGGGAUCGAGAGGGGCAGCAGAAGAUGAUGAGAUAGACGGACCGGAGAUCGCACGCCUCAUGCGGCGUUUCUGGCCCCGAGAUCUCAACUUCUUCGGUGGCUCCACCGCCUCCAGCGGCUCGCGAUCCGUCCGCGAUUCACGCUCCUCCUCCACCUCCGCUCAUCGGCCUACCGUACUGAAUCUGCGAGGCACCGGUGAUGAUUGCAGGUGCCGCUACGGCGAAUAG